AUGGGAGCGCAGAGCCUGGCGGUGGCUUGUGGGGUGCUGGCUUUGUGCCUGGCACUCACCGGGGCCACUAACCCUGGCUUCGUGGUGAGGAUCACCCAGGCGGGCUUGGACUAUGCCCAUCAGCAGGGGAUCGCGGUCCUGGAGAAGGAGCUGGCCCAGCUGAAGCUGCCGGACAUCUCGGGUGACUUUCGCAUCCGGCAUGUGGGCAAGGUGCGCUAUGAGAUCUCCAGAUUGGACCUUCGCAGUUUCCACUUGCCGUACUCGCGGAUUUCCCUGGUCCCCAACGUGGGCCUGCAGGUCUCCAUCUCCAACGCCUUCGCCGAGGUGGAUGGGAACUGGCGGGUGAAGAUACACUUCAUCCGGGACCACGGUUCGUUUGACCUGAAGGUGGAGAACAUCUAUAUCAAAAUCAACCUGAAGCUGGGCAGCGACGCCUCCGGGAAACCCACCAUUGACACCUCUGACUGCAGCACCCGCAUCUCCAAUGUCCGGGUACACUUUUCGGGCAAGUUUGGAUGGCUUUAUAACCUCUUCCACAGCGCUAUUGAGUCCAGGUUCCGGAAGAUCCUGGAGAGCAAGGUCUGCGAGAAUGUGGUCAGCUCUGUGCGCAGCGAGCUCCAGCCUUACCUCCGGACCCUGCCAGUCACAGCCAGGAUAGAUGCCGUGGCUGGCAUCGAUUACUCCUUGGUGGCACCCCCAACUACUACCGCCCAGUCCCUGGAUGUGGACCUGAAGGGCGAAUUCUUCUCCCUGGCCCACCGCUCUGCCGUCCCCUUCCCUCCGCUAGCGCUGGCCUUUCCCCCGGACCACGACCGCAUGGUUUACUUCGGGGUCUCCAGCUACUUCUUCAACACAGCCGGCUUUGCCUACCAUGGAGCCGGGGCACUGGUCUUCGAAAUCACAGACUCCCUGAUCCCAAAGGGCAUUGACAUCCACUUGAACACCUCCACCUUCUCAGCCUUCAUUCCCCAGCUAGAGAAGAUGUACCCAGACAUGCUGAUGAAGCUCAGGCUGUCCGCCUCCUCCGCCCCAUUCCUGAACAUCGGACCAGGGGGGCUCUCACUCAAGCCUGUCGUGGAUAUCCAGGCUUACGCCAUCCUUCCCAACUCCAGCCUGGCUCCUCUCUUCCUCCUCAGCCUGACAGGCAACGUGUCCGCCGUCAUCGAUGUGAAAUCCGGCCACAUAGUUGGAAGCCUGAAGGUGGGCAGGAUGAAGCUCUCUCUGAAGCAUUCGGAUGUUGGCACUUUCCAGGUGCGAACGCUGCAGUCCAUAAUGAACAUAUUUGCUUCCAGUAUCCUGCUCCCGCGUCUUAAUGCCAGGUUAGAUCAGGGCUUCCCUCUGCCGCUGCCGGACAGAAUACAGCUCUCCAAUAUCCUCGUGCGGUUUCACCAGCCACAGUCCAGACCUGUCGUGUUGGAGUGA